UGUGUGUGUGUGUGGCCAUCUGCAGAGCUGGAUAAUCCCUGUCAGAUUAGAGCAGAGAGAGAGAGACGGCGUCAACAUGAACAGAUGAUGAUUCUCUGUCGCCGUCGAGGUUUCAGUUCUGAAGUUUUUAUUUUGAAGGACCUAAAAGACUUCAGAGAUCCUCGAGAGACACUUUUAAUUUGAAAUGACUCUUUGUUUGGACCUUUAUUGAGGAAGAAUUUUUUAUUUUUUGUCUUUUUUUGUCGUGUUGUUUUGAAGGCUUUUAUUUUGAAGCUGUGUUAAACAAUUUUAUGAAGAAUCUCAAAAACUGACGUUAUUGUGCUUUUAAUUUUGAAGCUAAAGAAGGAAGAGGUUCCUGUGGAGUGGCGUUUUAAACUUUUAUUAUGAAAUGAAAGUCAGAUCAAAUAGAAACCUGGGGCUUUUAUUAUGAAAGGUUGGAAAUCUACUACGGAGGCUUUUAUUGUGAAACGAUGAAAGUUUGUUUGUGAUUGGUCGUCGAUCGGCCGUCAGGACAGGAUGAUUUCCUACGUGGAGUGUCUCGGUGGCGAGGGGGCGGGGCCAGGCGUGACAUCACGCUGCUGGGACGCCGGCCCUGACGAAGAGCGAGACGAGCUUCUUCCUCGCGAGAUGGCCGCCCUGCAGCCGAAGACCGAGGGCAGCCUGCGGCGCCGCCUGCUGACCGCCAGAAUCCACCAGCAACGCGACGCCAUCUACAGCAUGAAUGUGGGCGGAGACAAAAAGCCCCUACCAUCUCAACAUCAGUAUUCAGGCAGCAGCCCCUGGUACCGCCCCCAGCACCUUCCCCCACGCCCCCACAUCCACCCUUCUUUUACCCCAGAGGCUCAUGGGAAACCUCAACCACAAACUCGGCCCCUUCAGCCACGGCGCACGACCUGCCCAAUCCUUACCCAGCGUUGCCGGACGACCUCGUGUCCACCGACACUGAAACCACGCCCCGGCUACACCACACCUGUUCCCUCCCCUCUCUGUGCCACGCCCCCCCUCCUGCAGCCAGAGGUUCCGCCGCAGUACCAGUAUCAUCCCAGCAGGAGGCGCAGGAGCAAAUUCUUCUGCUUCAGAAUGCAGCGAGGGAGGAGCUCUGGGCUGGAAGCCACGCCUCUUCUGUACAGAGGCGACAGCGACAGUAAAUGGUCUGUCCACUACACUACCCAGAAGUCUCAGCGGCAGCGUCUGGUCUUCAUCCCUGGGAAAAGACGAUCGGGCAGCGCUGAGGACCUGAGAGCAUGUAACGGGCUGACUCAGCAUGGCUACAGCAGACCUGCCAGCUCACACCUCCACCAGCCGGGCCCCGCCUCCCCUUUGUCCUCCUUUGGCCUGGACCAAUCAGAAGGCAACACACACAGAGGGUGGAGGGACAAAAGCAGGAAGACAAGAUCCAGACUCUUGGACUUUUUGUCUCAGUCUUGCUUUUCAGUUUGUUUCAAGUUUUCAGUUUGGAGGAGAAAGUCGUCAGCUUCCUCCUAUGAAGAAGAGAGGCUCAUCUUGAACAACACACGACCUCUGACCCCACUGGUUCUGAACCCCGUCGCCUCCUGCUGGGACGUCUUUGCCUCCACUAAUGAGCCGAUAGCUGACGAGGACUUGGAACCUUCCUCCAGACUUCCAACACCUGAGGAGAGGAUGAGGUGGCACGCGGAAGCAGUUCCCGCUGACAUCGUUCCGAUCAAUAUCACAGGUGAGAGUUUCGAUCGGCAGGCCAAUUUACGGAGAACGCUCUCCAACGUAGACUCGUUAUCCCAACGACCCCGAAACCUGAGCCGCUGCAAGACGGUGACUGGGGUAACUGAUGCCGUCAACCAAAAAACGGUCUCUCCAGAUCCUUCCUCUAUGGUUCUUCCAGACCACUUCUCUUAUGUGGGUGGACCUGCCAACUCUUCCGGUACCACCACCCACUGGCAGAAAAACACAGAUGAUCAGAAGGUGAAGAAGACUGAAAUCCAAAAAGAGGGGCUGUCAUCAAUAAGAAGAAUCCGAGCCCCAAGAGGGGAUGGAAUGUCCAGCCUUAUGGCCUCCCUUACCUCCUCCCCACGUGUCAAUGAACCCCCCAUCUCCUCCCCCUCCUCACUUUCCUCAGAAGUCAACAUCCUCUCAAGACUGCCAACCAACCUCUCUCUCAACUCUGAGUCCAGCUGUAACAGCACCCCCUAUAGGACACUCAGUGCCUCUCAGGAUCUACAGGGUUUCCACAGUGACCAUCAGCCUCUGCUGCUACUGGACUCUUCUACCAGAGUCCGUCCACAAAUAGUCUCCCCUCCCUCCCCAAGUGUCACCCUGAAGUCAGAGUGGUCGUACCCCUCUCUUCCUCACUCUUCCUCCUCCCACUACCUCUCCUUCUCAUCAAUCACCAACUCUGUGGAUGACCACACCCAGCAGGACAAUCACUGCUCCUGUGACCAUGAGAGGUGGAGCUACGAGCCCCUCUCCCCGAGCUCCAGUGUCCACAGUGAUCAGACUGGGACUGAGAUGAGCUGCCAACCCCUCCUGUCCUCCGACAGCACCUCCCUGUGUUCGGAGGAAACCACCUCCUGUCCCUCGCCAAACUGUGAGAAAAGGAAGUCCAUCAUUUCCUCAUCCUGCUCUCGUAACAUCUCCCUCCGCAAGUCAAAGCAUCCACCUCCUCCACCAUCACGCUCUGACUCUCUUAGGCGCAAACCAGGUCAUAAUAAAACCUCCCGGUUUUCCUCUAGUCCUCGUCAGGAGGACACUACGCAGACCACACCCUCUUCUUUCUCUCAGACCCUCCAGGACCCUUGGGUGCCCCGAAGUAACAGCAAAGUAUGCCAGAGUGGGCUGAGCGGCAGGACAGUCACAACCUUUGAACCCCUAGACCUCCAGACAGUGCCCUCUGCCGAUUCUCCUCCCUCCAUGUGCCUCCCUGACGUCCUCACUCCUGGGUCUCCAUGCUCAGAGGAUGAGGUCCUGAGAUUUACUCACCCACCAGCCGCCGCCACCGCCUCCUCCUCUUUGUUCCAGCGCCUCGCCUCGCCCUCUAGUGGAUACUCCAGCCAGUCAAACACUCCCAUCCCUGGAACACCCGUGUCCUCCCCUCUCCCCCCUUCGUCUCCUCUCACAGAAAGCCCUGGAGUCUUCUCCCUUCCCCCGACCUCCCCUUUCCCCCCCUUACACUCAUCUGCCUGUCCCCCAUCACCCGCUGUCUCCUCCCUGCGCAGGCCAAAUUCUCGUGCCGAAGUAAAAUCAAAACCGCCGGUACCGGAAAGGAAGUCGUCACUCUUCUCCUCUCUCUCCUCCACAUUCUCCUCCACCUCCUCCCUCUCCUCCUACACCUCAUCAGAGUCCUCUGCCAAGCAUCCUCUUCUUCCUCUUCUUCUUCCUCCUCCACCUCCUCCUCCACCUCUCCCAGAAUGUUCCUCUCUUUCACCCCUUGUUCCCUGCUCCCCUAUUUCUACAUCACCUCCUCUUCCUCACUCCUACCUGCCUGCUCCUCCUCCUCUUCCUCCUUCCUCCUGGCUUCCUCCACCACCCUACUCUUAUGCUAUUAGACAGACUUCCCAUCAUGCUAUUGUGUUCACAGAAUCACCAACCAACUUCGCUCUUCCCACAACUUAUCCCCCCCCUCCACCUCCUCCACCUCUUCCCUCAAAAUUCCCUCUUCCUCCUCCACCUCCUCCUCCUCCCUCAUCCCCCCUCCCACAGAGCCUUGGAAACUCUCCCAAUCACUGCGUUCAAGCAGCCACGCCCCCCUGUCCCCUGGUCACAACUCAAGCUUUGCAGGGCGUCAAGCUUCGCUCUGUUAAGAACCUUGAAGUGGAACCCACGACUAACUCUAACCAACCAAUCAAAGAAGCUCUUCCAGACAACUAUGUGUUUGGUAGUGUUCUUGACAAUCUUGCUAACACUGAUGUGAAGCUAGCUGGGAUAGGAUCCAAGAAUUCUAAAACAAUCGCUGAUUUAAUGGCUAAUGCUAGCUCUCCGAUGCCGGCUAAUACUGAUGAAAAGCAUCCAAGACACACUGAGACAAGCACAACCAACAAUGAGUCAGCUGAUGCUAAAGAAAGCCUACAAGAUUUUGUGUCUAGCUAUGCUAACCACCGAAACUGUGGGCGUCAUGUGACCGCUCCUCCAGACAAUGAACAUGAUUCACAUGUUAUUGCUAUGCUAACAAACAAACACAUCCACACUUCUGAUGAAAACCAUGUGGAUGCAGUUAUCCAGCAUCUGUCUAUUCAACAGGAACAAGGUGGAGUGAGAGUUUCAGCAGAUGCUAAGCUAACAGAGCCAACAGAGAAACAGGGAACUGUGGUUUGUGACAUGGAUUUUCUAACCUUGGCAAAACUCAAGUCUCUCAGAGGAAAUGGAACAAAGUUGUCUGACAGAAAAGAUGAAGUUCAGACAAGAACACGGAGUCACGGUUGUCCUCAGGAGCUCCAGUCCCCAGAGAGGCCAGUGCUGCAAAAGAAGCCAGACCUUUGCAUUCUUGGUCUCGGGGCAUCUCCUGAAGCCAGACCUGGACCAGGAGGGUGGAGAAGAAGUGGGCAGACUGCAGAACCUCCUUCUGGGUUCACUAACCAACCACCUCAGCUUCCACAGACACCCCCAGAGAACCUGACUGACAAUUCUUCGACUCCCGUGAGCACCCCCCAAAGGCAGAAGUCGCCAAUUUUGCACAAAAAGUCAGACGUGUCAUUGACCUCUCCCCGAACAACCAAACCACUGUUUGCACCUAAAAAUAUCGUGGAGAUUUCCAAACAAACAUCUGAGACUGAUACCACCACAGGGACCAGUACCCCGGGAAUUAUAGGAACCACGGGUUCUGUGGAGCACUGUGGUUUCUCAGAAGAGUUGGGCCACCCAGGGAUCAUGGAUAUCUCACCAAUCUGGAGUCCCAAAGGUUCCCCAAUUAAAGGGACCAUGAGCACCAUGGACAACAGAGGAACAUCAGGAACAGAGGGUCUAGGAGCUGCUGCAGGUCGUACCCGGACCUGUCGUGAAUGGAUUUACAGGACGACACUUCAUAAGGAUGAUGAGACGACAUUUCAGCAGAAGACGAUGUCAUCGUUGGCUGAAGAUGAGGAGGAGGAAGAAGACAGAAGGACAACCACGAUAGUCCUGAUGCCGUCAUCCACAAAGAAAAAAUCAAGGAAAAAGAGGAAGAGGAGGAGGACAGAGAGGCAACUGCUGAUGAUGUCAUCAACAGUAGAGCCCACCCCCUCUUCAUCUUCAUCGUCCUCAACAUCGUCGUCUUCUUCUUCAUCUGGGGACGAGAAAGAUGUGAUCAGAGAGAGUGUGAUGAGGAACGAUCCAGAGACGAGUGACUCUGAAGUCUCCUGCGCUCUGAUUGGUCCGAGCAGAUACUCCCUCAGGAGUGCACCAUCCAAUGACAGCCUACAGGGGGAGCUGCCCCUCCCAGACCUGCUCAUACAGGAAACAGAGGAGGUUGAAGAGGAGGUGAAGAAGGUGUGUCCAACUCUAGAUGCUGAUCUGUUUGUCGGCAUUUCUGCAGAGCAGAUGUUCGUCUCUGGUAAACCACGAACCACUGAGGAUUUGUUUGCCGUCAUCCACAGAUCUAAAAGGAAGAUGCUGGGAAGAAGGGAUUCAGCAGAAAAUAAACAUCGCACAUUGUCUUCCUCUUCCUCUUCCUCUUCCUCUUCCUCCUCCUCCUCCUCCUCCUUCUCCUCCUCCUCCUCCUUGUCUUCUCCCCUGGUGACCCCCACUCACCUUUUUCACCUGAUACGACCUCCUGCAGCCUCCAGGAGUCAGAGGCUGGCGAAAAGCGAGAGCUUCAAGGCUCUUCUGCUGAGGAAAGGUAGUCGUUCGGAUUUGUCCUCACGGACCUCAGCUGUCGAGCGGCUUUGCAAAGUGGCUUCUUCCUCUUCUUCUUCUUCUUCCUCUUCUUCUUUUUCUUUUUCCUCUUCUUCUGCUUCUGACCAUCAGAGUGUGCCACCACCACCACACCGACCUGAAGUCAAAUCCUCAAGCUUGUCCUGCACUGUCGAAACAAAACACCAGCUGACCCUGGACACACCAGCGUCUCCGUGCAGUAAGAACCUCUCAGUGAUGUUGAGACACGGUCCCCUCCUCCUCACCUCCUCCUCCUCCUCCACUCCUUCCCUCUUCCUCUCCUCCUCUUCAUCCUCCAUGCGACCUCGCUCCCUCACUCCUCCCUGCUCCAGCAGCCGACGCUUUGCCGCUCGCUGCCGCCUCUUUGCCGCCCCGAUGACAGCCAUCUUUGAAGGGGAUGACGAGGAGGAAGAGGAGGAGGAGGAAGACGAUGAGGUGUUUGUCGAGUCAGCAGGAGGAGAAGAGGGACGACAACUCGGACAGGGAUUGGUGGAGAUUUUCUGAAACUUUAUUAAGAUAUGGUGGAUUUGACAGGAAGUGGAUGUUGUGAGAUCAAAAACAAACCUGAACAUGACUGGACUGGACUGGACUGGACAGACUGGACCAGAUUUGAUUGGAUUGGACUCACAGCCAGAAACUGAACUGAAUGCCUCUAAAGACAGAAGAGCCAGAAAAUGACAGAAGCCUGAAAAGUCUGUCAAUACAGAUACAGAUACAAUGACCGUGCGACUUUAAUAUAAAUCUAAAAUUCAAAGUUAAAAUAAAUAAAACAUUAAAAACAAUAUAACGCGUCAACAACAACUCUAUGGAUCACACCGAGCAUGUAAUGACAGCGACGUCAUGAUGUCAUUAGGACAGGCCGCGGUAACGCAGAGGCGGAGCUUAUCACUUCUGACAAACGUCGCUUCCAAACAAUAAAUACGUCAGAUCUUAAAACACAAACCACAUGUUUGAAUUUUAAAUGACUCAUUUCUCCUCAAAUGACCUUAAACUUUGUUCAGGACAGAAAAAUAUUUAUUUCAGAUUUAUAUUUCUGUUAUCUGCUGCUAUGUUCCGCUGAAAUGCAUCCUGGGAUACAUGGCCAUCCCAAGUACGCUUAAGUCACCUCCGGUGCAUACUUGGUAAAAAUGGGCUGGGAUUGGGCUGUAAUGGACUGGAUCAGACUGGACUGUAAUGGACUAGAUCAGACUGGACUGAACUGUAAUCUUUUACUGUAUUUUGCUGUGGUUUCCAUGGUGACAAAUCUUAAAGCGAGUACUAGACAAGAAGUGUGGAUGUAACGUUAUGAUAUUACAUUUAGAAACAUAAAUAUUUACUCUUUAACGUCAAAUGUAUGAAAUGUUGCUGUUUGCAUAUAAAGAAAAACUGAAGCAAUAAAAGACAAUUUCGACUUUAA